AUGGCCAUCAACGCCCAUCAAGUCGACAUCAAGACGAUCCGUUUUUUGUUGAAGAAGGGCGUUGAUGUUAACGCUCGUACGCCAUGUGGCUGGACUGCCCUCGCACAUGCCGUCAUUCGUGGUUUCGUGGACAUCACUGAAUAUCUUUUGGAUAAUGGUGCUGACAUGAACGCAACGGACUCGUGUGGAAUGACUCCAUUCGCGCAUGCUGUCAUAGCAGCUAAAAUGCCCAUGGUAGAGCUGUUUUGGCGCCGCGGAAUGGAUGUCAACUGGGUUGGAUCAGAUGGAAAGUCACUAGUGGCUAUGGCGGCUUCCAGAUACCAUUACUAUACCACGCUUUUUCUGUUGGAGCAUGGCGCGCGUGACUAUACCGAAGAUGUUUUAUUGGACACGGCAAAGGCGCACAUCAGUAAACAACGCCAAAUCUUGACCGAGUACAUCCUCACGCGCGUUCGUACUUUCUAA